UCCCGUCUUUUGAGCUGUCAACGCUUCUCCUCUACUCGGACAGCCUACAUUCUGAUUCAACAAGAUGACACUCCGCUAUGGGUCCUUCGCCACUUUCCUGAUAGUAUGCCCAACAAGCUUCUUCCUUGGCAUAAUCUUCUCCCUCUUUCCUUACGACUAUCCAAUUCUCUGGUCUACCUCGCCUACCGAUUCGACCGCCUAUGACUCCCUCGAAACGCACUUGCGCCUCCUCCACGCCUCUCCCCCUCUAAUCCCACGGAUCCUGCACAUCGUCAUUUUCUUGGGUUUAGCAGGCUUGAUUAUGAAACUAUGGAAACCUUCCGAGUCAAACAUGCUCUUUGAUGGCGCGUCGCUUGUGCUCUACGCGUGCGGGAUCACGGUGUAUGUUGCCAACAUCGUUAAGGGGCUCAGACUUGCCAGUGGGGGUGUUUAUGGGGCCGAACUGGCCAAUGCUCCAGAUGAGGUGGGACAGAUUCUUGGACGAGAGGAUAGCUUGAAGGUGCUCAGUGCGAGUAACACCAUUUUGGCGCUGGUUUUGGUAGGUGUUUUGGUAUUGCAGGCGGGUCAAUGGUAUGCGGAGCGAAAGGAUGCGCAGGAGGAUGAGUCAUUUGCGGCCGUGAAGGGGGAGGGAAAGGGAAAGGGUGCGACUAAGAAGAAAGCGAACUAAGUUGUUAUGCUUGCGUCGGCUCCAAUUGAUAUGGAGGGCUGUUGUUAGGUUAGGGUAGGGUAAAGAAGAAAAGCGAAGGAUAUGAUAUC